GCCAUCUCCUUACAGCUGGUGACUUACCAGCUACAGGGAGGGAGAGCUGCACAGCGCACACAUCACAUAGAGGAAUUUCUGUGUGGGUUCAAUCCCCGAUGAAAACGGAAAAAAAAAGUGCAUUUGAGAACUCCUACAUAUCAGAGCAAUUGUCAGUAUUCCGGAGAGACCGGCGUACACUGGGCAGAGGACGUGAUUAUUACUGGGAAGCAAGUUAUGGAACUGGGACUCUGAGGAGAAAUUAUUCUAGAUCGUCCACAUCAAAUCUUUAUGAUCAAUAUCCGUAGAAGCUAAAUUUGAUCAGUGAUCACCAUACGGCUGCAGUCUACAAUGGCUUUGAGGUGGAGAUCCCUUCCCUUACUAUUCCUUCUCGUGGAAGGUGUGUUGAGCAGACAGUGGUCAGCCUGGAUGCCUCCAUCAAUCUCAGCUUUUAAGGAGACCUGUGUGGCCAUUCCAUGCACCUUUGACUAUCCCGAGGACAUCCGACCGUCGGCGGUUCAUGGCAUCUGGUACCUCAACAGCCCGUACCCUAAGAACUUCCCUCCCGUGGUCCUGAAAACAAAGACCAACACGGCACAUGAACUCUAUAUGGGUCGUACCAAGAUGAUCGGAGACCUUCAGAUGUCCAACUGCUCGAUACAGAUUGACAAAGUCACCAGUGAGCUGCAGGGGAAAUACUACUUCCGGGCCGACUUGGGCGGUUACAAUCAGUACACCUACUCAGAACACGCCAACCUCUUUAUAUUAGAUGAGCCCUUUGUAGUUGGACCUCAGGAAAUCAUAUCCGGGACUGAAGCAGAGAUCACCUGCUUGGUGGACGAUAACUGUCCUGACAUGAAGCCCACGGUGACCUGGAUGGACCUGGAGGGGCUUGAGCACCACACCGUUUACGCCCGGCUGGAGGAGAGCAACGCUGCCUGGAAACAGAUAUCCACUCUGAAGUUCCUGCCGUCCCAUAAGAACAACGGCCAACGGCUGGGCUGUAAGGUCACGUUUCCAGGCACCGAGUUGGACUAUAAAGGCUUUGUUACAAUGGAUGUAAAAUAUGCCCCCCGCAUUGUGGAUAUAAACUCGUCCACGGAAACGACGGAGGGCACCCAGGUGGUGUUCAUAUGUGUGAUAGACAGCAACCCCGUGUCACGGGUCACGUGGUACAAGGAUGAUUUACUGUUGAAAGAAGACUUCACGGGGAACCUGACGCUGGAGUUGGAGUAUGUCACCUACAACCACGACGGGAUAUACGUUUGUGCGGCUGAGAAUGAGUACGGCCGGACCAAUAAAUCCAUGGGACUGGCGGUCAUGUAUGCUCCUUGGAAGCCAUCGGUGAAUGCGUCGAUGGUAGCGGUGGAAGGAGAGGCGGUCACCAUAACAUGUAACACCCAGGGGAACCCUGAUCCCAUUAUCUCCAUCGUGAAGGACAAACAAGUUCUUAACUCCGUCAUCUUCCAGAAUGACCUUGUGCUAGAAAUCCCCUCGGUCACUCAUGAGCAUGACGGGGAAUACUGGUGUCUGGCCGAGAACCAGUACGGACACAGCAAUAGCUCCUUUAACCUCACCGUUGUGUUUUCUCCAUUGGUUUUAUCUGAAUCUAAGUGCACAGUAACCAAGGACAACGUCCAGUGCAUGUGCACCGUCAAGUCCAAUCCGGAUCCGUAUAUUAUAUUUGAGAUCCCCGAGAAGAACUUCACAGUCAGCGAACUGAACACGGAGUAUGUGCACUCGCAGAGGAACGGCUACAUGGUGAGCAGUAUCCUGACCUUGCAGAAGGAGACCGAGCUACCCCAAGUCGUCCUGUGCUCCGCCAGCAACCUGUACGGCAAGAAGGUCCACGAGCUUCUGUUCCAGGACUCCAGCAACCUAAUCUGGGCCAAGAUCGGUCCCGUUGGAGCUGUGGUGGUUUUCGUCAUCCUGGUGGCUGUCGGUGGCUACAUGAUAAAAACCAGAGAGAAAAAGAGCAUGACAGAAAGUUCCAGUUUCAUCCAGAAAGAGACCUCGCCGUCGUACAGUGGUGAUACCUCCGCCAAGAAAAGUUCGGGGAAAAUAGAGAACCGAUUUCUCAGCAUUUCAGAAAGAAUCCUGCUGAGCAAGAGGAAGCAAGCUCCAACUGUGGACUCUGAGUAUGCAAACAUUGACUUUACCAAGAGAAACGUAAUGGACAUCUACUCCUCCCCCGAGGAGCUUACCGAAUACGCGGAAAUCCGAGUCAAAUGACGGGCACUUAUCUAACAGCACAAACAUAACUGACGCACUGUCCGGCCGCCACCACAAAACGUCAAUAGCCCUUGUUCUAUCGGAGAUUUGGAAAAAAAGAAUGUAAUCACAGUUUUCUAUCUAUCUAUCUAUCUAUCUAUCUAUCUAUCUAUCUAUCUAUCUAUCUAUCUAUCUAUCUAUCUAUCUAUCUAUCUAGCCAGAGGUAGCACAACUGUCUUGUAAUCCAUAGCAAACAGAUUAACAUUUGCUUUCAUUACACUGUUCCUUACACUAAUAAAAGCUAUCAUCUGAUUGGCUGCUAUGCAUUAUGGGAUAUUUAUGCUACCUAUGGCAUAAUACUGAAUAACUUUAAACAUUUACUGCAUACAAGGUAGAGAACUGAGGUGUUUCUCAUAUCUGUAUUAUCUAGACAAAGAUGUGUGUUAAUAAUUAUUAUACACAUGUGUUUUUAUUUAAUGCUGAAAUGUUGGCCGAGAACUGAUCACAGCAUGUUUAAUAAUGUAAUAAUGGGGCUUAUCGAUAUAUUUAUGUCACAUCUAUAUUAUUAGUCCAUAAGCUGUAAUGAUAUUUAGAGACCUUUGAACUUAACAAUACCUCAGAACGAGUCAAAUGUAAUAACCACUAUAUAUUUGAUGCAUUGGGUUUUGAGUUCCAGGCCAUGUCUUCAGAUGAGCUAUCCCGCCAAUGGUUUCAGUGUUACGAAUAUCAAGCCAAGAUGGGGAAUCUGAAUGGCAGGAUUAAAUGUAAAAAAAUAUA